CGUGCCUGCUUUGACAUGUGCUCGAGCUCGACAUUCCACAUCAUCAGCAUCAUUCAUAAACGUCAUCAUCCAGUCAGUCAUCCAUCCACAAAAUUCCAGUUAUGUCCCAAGAGCAACCAGAGUCAAGUCCAAACUUCCAAACCUGCGAUGAAACCGAAGCCUGGUGCAACAUGAUCAGCUGCAUCUACAACUUUUUAACGUCAUCUACCAAUCUAGCCGCCAUUUUAGAAGCAAACUACAUCACCUCCAUUAAGGAGCCGCAGGUGAAGCAACAGCUUUGUCUUUUACCACCACCGAACCCGGAGGAGUUCCAUCUGUCUAACUUCCCCUGGUUCCUAGAUAUAUUGCUUGAGAUGCAUCCGGAAAACCAUGCAGCAACAAUCAAUGCUUAUUAUAUGACUGAAGAAAUCAACCCUACAGUGUUUUCAUAUUCUUCGCAACACGAUUCAAUAGCGGAACCUAACCGACUAUUUCCAAACACGAUAGGAGAUUGUAAUGAGCUUGCCAGGACUUUGGAGAGCAUGUAUCUGAUGGAGCAAAACUUUUUGCAGAGCUACUUUCAAGUGCAAGACUCCUAUGAAACACGAUUUGUCUUAUCAAGUCAACCCCCAUCAAACUACAACAUUCAGUAUGAACAAGGUUCAGCUGAUCAAUCAGAGCCUAAUCAGGAGUUGGAUAACGACAACACGCAGUCGCCAAUUAAUCAAGAGCCGGAAGUUACCCCAGCAAGUCAGCAAGAUGGAAUCAUUGGCCUGAAGGAACCAGUUGAACUAGUUGGGUCAAUCUCUCAUAAAUUGCCUAUCCGCCCAAAUGGUUCUCCUUCUAUCGAUGUUUCAAGCAGGCCAGAUGAAGAGUGCAACUCUAGAGAAGAUAAAGACAAUGCCUCCGAGGAAACGAUUGAUGAAUAUACCGAAUCAGACGCAAUGGACUUACCUGGUAGCAAAUAUGAAUCUUUGGUUGAAAUCCCGAAUGAAGACAAUAAAACCAAGUCACAUCUAGAAGAGCAAAUUUCUGCAGUAAACCAUCAAAACAAUGAUCUUCUCAAAACAUUCAGUGAUAUCAAUGACAUGAAGUCGGAAGAGAUACAAACUUUAGUUAACAAGAGGUAUAACUGUACUCUGAAAGCAUUGAUAACCAGAUCUGCUGAGCAGCAAAUGCCUUGGGAGGAUGUUAUACCAAAAUCACUGGAAAUUCAUCGACGUAGUUUAGAAAACAACGAAGCUGAAGAUGAACCUUUGCUGAUAAAUCAUAUAGAAGAACCUGUAGAAGUUAGAGAACAGCAAGAGCAUGAAGCAGCGUGCAGCAAUUUGAUUACAAAGGAAAGCAACACCAACACUGUAAAAGCGCCAGGUAAAGAUCUGAAAGUAAACAUAGAUGCAAUCAACAAAACUCGUAAGACUGUUCAGGGGCGGUUGUCGCAGAAGCAGGGCAAGGUGAAAUUGGUGAACGUACAGCUGAAUAUGGAUAAUAAGGAAAGUAAUGAGAAUCUUAAGGAACUGAGUAAAAAUACUGGACCUAAGUUGAAGAAAAGGAAUCCAAUACUGAUGAAGAAACCUGUAACACCAGCUGUAAAGGAUACAAAGGCUACGACAUUACCUGUGAAGAAUGCAAGUCCAAGCACCUCUAAAAAUGUGUCACAAAAGCCAACUGAAACACAACAGGCUGUAAAAGUUACAGAGCCUAAACGUGUGAUUCCAAAGCGUUAUGCAUCAGUUGAAAGCGCUGUGAAGCGUUUCAUACAAGAUGGUACGAAGCCCGCGCUAAAGCCAAAAGAUAAACCGAUUAAUAGGAAACCUGUUCAUCCGAAUGAGGUGAAAGCCUUACAAAACACGCUGGAUAAAGCAAAAGCCAAAGCUCAAUUGGCUCUGGCUCAGAAAAAUUCAAGGAGACCCGUUUCUUUCCCUAAGCAGGUGUUAGCCCAGGAAGUUCCCAAAGUACCGAUCUCUGCACCUCCAUCAGGACCUCAGGCUAACUUGAAAUCACGUAGCAUUGUUGUGAGCAGAACAUCAAAAACCCAACCAAGAAACACGCUUAAGCUACCAGAAAGUCAAUACGUACAAAACGUUCCAAAACCAGGGCUGAGUUUAAAUGCUAGCAUGCGAACUUUAAGGAGGUCGCCUGUUGGAAAUUCUGCUAAUUUGAAGGCUACGUCAGAAGUAAUGUCGCGUUUGAAAUCUAAGACAGAAACAGUAAUCCAAUCAAAAACACAGAAAAAAGAUGUGAAGGGCCAAGAAAUUACAGGCGUGAAAAGAGUCGUAUCAUCGAAGAUACAGCCAGCUGCUAGAAAGUAGUUAUAAUUUGUUCAGGUUGAAUAAAUGACGUAGAUAUUAUAUUAAUUCAUUCUCUAGCUGAGGUUCAGUUUCAGUUACUUUAGACACCUGACGGUCUAUCGGCUUUUUUGCAUCGCACUAUGGUCUAGAAUACUCAAAAAGCUGGCAAAAAAAUACAAAUUCAAAAUUAUACAGGGUGUUUUAGUUUAUUG